AUCCUUCGUCGUCCUCUUCCUCUUCUUCUUUCUCUUCUACCUCAUCAAGUGCGGUUAUCAGUUUGACGUGCAUUCAUUCUUGCUCGUGAUCCCUACCCUGUGUCUUCCCAUACACCUCCAUCCCUUCGGAGCUAGACCUCGAUACUUCCUUGUGACUGAAGAGUCUUCAUCUUAUAGUCCCCCAUUGUCUUCGUUUCGACGCUCUUGUGGACCAAGCAACAAGACGAAUCAUCAUGGCGACCCAUCACUAUCAGUCUCCUUCUCUUCCCAUCAAUGUUCCCUCUAAGGCUCCUGCUCCUGCCAGCCUCUAUCCCAUUACCAGAGUUUCUGGAUCUCCUCCAGAUAUCUCUGACACUAGCACUACUGCAGGAAGCCGCACCUCUGCAGGUUUCAGCUACAGCUCUGGCAGCAUCGGCGGCGAUUAUGAAACGAGCUCUGCGUCGUAUUCUGGUGUGGAUGUCGUCGACGUUCUCAACGACCGCAUGCAGGAUGUCUUUGAUCCCACACCUUUGGACAGGGGACUGGCAACACAGGCACAAACUUCCGGUCAGUUGAACGCCAAACAGCGAGAGCUUUUGGAAUUGCAGGCCCUGGCACAACGUCGUCUAAAAGGAGUCCGAGCCACCUUCAACGACGGUAUCAAAGUUGCUCGCGAGACCAAGCGUGACUUGGAAUGGACACAGAAGCGUGUGAAUGCUCUCAAGGCAAAGGCCGAAAAUAACUUUCCCGACGAGUAUAGACGGGCGUCCAAGAAGUACACUUUCGACGACAAUUAAUCCCAAGCUAAGGGCUUAUAUUGGCUCGGUCCGGUUUCACAUCGGUCCAGAUUUUUGGAGGCACACACCUCUAUUUGGCAACCACGAUAACGGUUCUGUAUAGGGUAAAAUUGGGUUUCUGGGUUCGGAUCUGGCGUGGGUUUUUGAAGGGCUACUUGAUCUUUUUGCGUUAUCUCGCGACUGAAGGGAUUUUGGGCUGGUACAUGUUUUUGCUUUUUUUUCCUCGGGCGCCGUGUCUUUGGGUGGACGCGUCGCUAUACCAUAGUGCGCUGAAUCUGGCGAAAUAUACAUUCGAACUUCGAACACUGGUUCUCUAGGACAUCAACAGCAGUCGCGCUUGCGGUGGUGGGCGAGA